CUUGGUAAAGCGAAGAAGGUGAUGCUAGUUUUUUGCACAAUUUUCUCCGUUUAUUUCUAACUCUUUGGACUUGAAGUGUAGCAGGGCAUGGGACAGUGCUUCUAAAAUCAUACUGUGAUAAAAUAUGGGGAUUAAAACUCUUCAGGACUUCGUUGAGGCGAACUGCUCCAGCGCCUGUGUGUCUGUCGAUCUGCUGAAAAUUUCCAGGGGCUUCGUACCGAAAAGGCGUGGCAAAUAUGCCGGGCCGGCACGCUUCUGUCUUAUUGUAGAUGCCGAAAGCUGCCUUGACAGACUUUACGGGGGGUUCUUCUCUGACUGGGUGUGCGGGGGACAGUGGAACAGAAUGAUUGCUUUUUUGUCAAGCCUUGUCCAAGCGUGUUACAACGCCAACAUGGAGCUGGUCGUUUUCUUCAACGGGGCCCUAGAAAAUCAAAAGCUUUCUGAGUGGUAUGCAGACCAGCAAUCACAGCGCAAGAAAGUUCAAUUAGUAUUCCGUCACUUAAACAACAAAGGUACACCACCCCCAAAAGUGUGGUGGACACCACCUGUUUUCUUGAGAGGUACCCUCCGCAUGGCGUUACGUCAUUUGGGAGUCACUGUGGCAUGCUCUAUGGAUGAUCACAAUCAAGAAGUCAUUGGCUAUUGUAGAGAACAUGGCUUACAAGGAAUCAUAGCCCAAGACCCGCAUCAUAUCAUUUUUGAUCCACCUCGAUAUUUCUCCUCACACAACCUCAAACUGACGUACAAAGGCUCGCUGGAAACUAAAGAAUACAUCAUGGAUGAAAUAGCCAAAUGUCUGAACCUGAACCCAAAUAGAUUUUGUGUCUUCGCAGCUCUCCUUGGAAAUCAUAUUCUCCCAGAGGAAGACUUGUCGGAUUUUUAUAAAGGAUUGUUAAGUGAUGCAGAGGACUCAAAACCAGUAAAGUUUACCCCAGAAAAUAUAACCCAGGCUGCAGUAGAUUUUGUUCGAAGCUUGGACUCCAUUGAAAACCUGGACACAGUUGGAGAAAUUGUCUUCAAGAAUUCCAAAGGUGACAAAACGGAGUUGUUGUCCAAAUUCCGUCAGUGCGUGCAGUACUACAUCAAUGGAACGCAUGAAGGAUUUCUGAAGUAUCGACCUCGCCUGAAAAUUCCUGACGGCAUGAAACAACCAGGAGGCUAUCCAGGUGUAUUUCAGAAUGGUCAGACGAGAGGACCAGGUGGUGCCCAGCAGGCUGCAGCCGAGAAGGGAGAGGAAACCUCUGGGUAUGGUGAUCAGUCCACCCCACAGAUUGUGAUCAACCCCCCGGCACAGGCAGCUACGCCAACACUAGAAAGCGAGCUGGAGGAGCGAAUGAAGGACGUGAAACUGGAAGACAGUUCUCCACCCAACGAAACCGUCGAGAAGGGAGCAGGAGAUGCUCCAGCUUCAGCUAAACCCCCUGCCACAUCUCAGCCAUCAGGGAAACCUCAGUCAAAGGCAGGGUUUGACCCAUCAUCGAAGCUUCCAGUCAUUUCACCAGAAAUUAUGCGCAUUGCCAGUGAACGUCACCAGAAAGGUCUAAUGACACCAUGGGUCUAUCAAGUUCUCUCACAGGGAGAAGUGAAGAUUCCAGCGGUGCUAGAGGAUGAUUCCAGUCGUGAUUUGCCAGUAUCUGUGGACCUUUACCGGCCUGUCAGAAAGACCGUUUACUCAGUGCUCCUAAACCUGAACAAACACAAAAUUAUUUAUGAAAAUUCCCCUGAAGAUAAAGCCAACAGACUAACAGAUAUCCAUCCUAAAUCAUUUGAUGUACCAGUAAAGGAAUGGGUUGUCAGAAGAGGCAGUAACAAGCCGACAUACGAAACGGUAGUGGCGCACCCAGUUGACUGGAAAACGCCAAGUAUUGAGCGGCUGUGGCUUGGGCAGCAAGCAGACGACAAGAAUCGCAGAUUACGGGCAUUCCUGACAUGUAUGGGCAGUGACAGCCCACUCAUGCUGAACACAUCCUAUGUACCUCAACACUUACUCCUCAUGUGCUGUGUGCUGCGGUAUAUGCUUCAGUUUGGUCGAAUACUGCAGCGCCAGGAGUUAGAUGCUUUCCUCGCCAUGAGUGUGGCCCCUCUUUUGCUGGAUGUACAGACCAUGCAGGAUCUUAAGCUUCCGUCAAUGAACCUGCGUGGGGUACAGGUGGCUGCCCUCUUCAUGUCUGGUAUUGAAACAGCUAUCUUCGCUAACGACGUCUGUGGUGCCCCAAUUCCCUGGGCCAUGUGCUGUCCGUGGCUCUCAUUUGAUGGGAAACUCUUCCACUUCAAACUUCUCAAGGCCAACAACAAUACUCCUUUGAUCGACAUUUGUGAUGGGCAGGUUGAGCAAGUAUUAAGGGUAGAACGCAUGCGACAGGCAAUCAUGGAAAACAUUCGUGUGGAAUUUGCACAGCCACGCCUUCCAACAGCUGGCUUCUAUGGCUACCCUCCAAUGCCCAACCCCUACAGCUAUGGCCCAAUGAACUUCCGGCCCCCAGGAUCUCGGCCACCACCACCUAUGAUGCCGAUGAGCCCUGGAGGAAAACCUGGCAGCAGAGGAAGGGGUCUACUGGGUCGCUCCCCAGUGGAUGCUCGUGGGGGACAGCUAGAGAUUGCUGGUGUGGUUGUGGGCAGCUGGGGACCAAAUCUGCCCGGAGGUAACCGUGGUGGUCGGAGUGGAAACCAACUCUCCCCUCAUGUCAUGUCUGUUGGAGGACCUCACAAGGGCUACGAAAUGGCAAGACGUCCUGGAGCAGCCCGAGGGAUGCUUCCUAGGAGGGCAAUUAGAGGACGACCUGGGCCAGUAUUCAGCGUAGGACGAGGAUUCCGUCAGGACAGCAGAAGUUUCUACAAUCGGCCCGCCAUGAGAGGGGUGAGACCUGCCCCUAAGAAGAAAGUGAAAGUGCCUAGCAAAGCCACAAAAGCUACAAGCACUGUUGCUCCUAAGGGGAGAGGUGCCACUGUUGAGCCUUCUGCAGAUGGCUCAGCGGUGGUAUCAGUGAGCGGCCUGCUUUCCACCCAGAGUUCCUCUGCCCAGGAGGAGAGUGAGGAGGGAACCACGCCUGAGAUAGGGGCCAUGUCUGACAUGGGAACCAUGGAUGACAUCGGUGUCUUCAAUGAUGUUGUCGAGGACAUGCCCUCACUUCCUGCCAGUGCAAUCGACUCGCCGAACCCAAUUCCAUUUGUGACUGGUCCUGGGCCAGAGGGUGCCCAAAGCCCAGACAGCGGUAUCCAUGGAGACAAGUCCAGCUCAGAGCUGAAUGUGGAGCUCACAGCCUAAAAGUCUUCUCCUUUUCUGAUGUCUUUACUGUAAAUGAAAAGGGUUAUACUUGUGAAGGCUUCUCUGAAAGUUAAAGGAGGAAAAACAAAGUGCCAUAUAAUUGUUUUUUUUUUUUUGGUUUUGGUUUUUUUUAGUGUGAUAUAGCUUGAAUCUCUUGGCAUUCAGUGUGAGGGGUAAAAUGCAAAUUCUAUAUUUAACACCUGAUCUCAAUUUCUUUAAACUGACCCAGUUUGAUAGUAGGCAUGGGUGAAAAUCUCCAAUUCAUUCACUCUCCCCACACGCACACAAUGGUGAGAAGAGGUGAUAUUUAUAGACUGAGACUUUACUCCGUUCUUCUGCUAGGUUCCUUACAUUGUACAUGUCUGAGCCCAUCGUAUUCUGCUUUAAUGUACUGAAAAACUUGGCAGUUCAGGAUGACAUGGUAUAAUCCAUGGUAGGAAAAUUUUAAGUCUUGGAUGGAUGAAUUAUGUCCAAGCUUUCUGAUUAAAGUCACAAAGUUUUGUCAAGAGGUUUGUAUGUGAUUGAUGAUUUUUGAAAUCAUGGUAUGAAUUUGGAUAGAAAUCUUGAAACUGGUUGAGAGCAGUUAUUGCAGAUAGAAAACGGCCAGAUAUUUUGACUUGGUACAUGAUGCUCUGUACAUGAAAGUGAAGAGUGGUGGAGUGCAAUUGUAGGGAACCUAGUGUAGUAACAUCAGCCAUGAACUUUGAUCACAAAGAAUUCACAUCCGUCUUGGUAGUUCUCUGACCAUUACCUGUCAAAGGAGACAAGUCUUCCUAUCCUCUUUGGUGCAUUUAUUGUUGCAUUUAUUAUUUCUUAUUUAUUUUUCCCUGUUCCCCUUGAAUCUAAAGAAAGCACUAAACUGAAGUGGAGCCAGUACUGAAGUGUAGUUUUUUGGUUUGGCUUGUUGUUUUCAUUAUGCCUUGGAACCAGCUUUCAGUAUGGGUGCUUUUGAUAAGCUCUGGAUCUCCACUUCAGAAUUUGUACUUUCUUUAGCACUAGAUGGGAAGACAAAUGUCUGACAGUUCUGGUGAGAGAAAUUCCAAAAUUGGAGAAUUCAGUGUGAAGGGAGAUAACCUAUGUCAUGUCAAGUGAUGGACUGAGAUCAACUAUGGGGCAUGCUCCACAAGCUAUAUCAUAGUAUCCAAUGUCAAUCAUGUGAGUUAUAAAAGGGGACUCGGAUAAAUAUCUUUUUGUUACUCAUGAUUUUGUUAAACUAGCACUCUAUUUUGUCCGUGAAUUUGAAUGGGUGAAAUUUCCAUAGACAAAGUGUUUUCUUCUUUAGCUUGCCAGAUGAGCUUUCAGGGUAGCUGUCUGUUGCAAGUUGUUAUUCAAAAAGACAUGAAGUUAUUAAAAGCCGUUCACGAGAAGAACGGCUACAGACCUGCAAGGUGUACAGUUUCCGAUGACAUCGGCGAAUGUUGUUGCUAGAUGUCAACGCAAAUGCACAUCUUAUUUUGGCGGAAGUCAUUGUUGCACAUUUUGAACAAGUGAGCGAAUUGUCCUCGGCGUCAUUCCGUCAGAAUGGCCUAGCCCAUGUGCUGUGCUAACCACAAAAUCCCAGGAGAGGAUGAACUACCUGCAGCUCGCCAGCCAAAUCUAGUUCUAUAACAAGAGCUGCAGAGUUGCGUUUGAUGUUGGUUUAUUUUUGACAUCAUUUUAUACCAAGAAAUGUAUUAUUUUUGUACAUUUCAUAUUUGUUUUUUGUACAUUGACAGUGAUGUUUUCUUUUUUUUUUUUUUUUUUCCUUUUGGUUUUUUGGGGAAAUGAGCUGGAUGUUGUUUUUGAGUGGAUAUUUUUGGACUGAGGUCAACUUUUAUGAAGGAAUGUGGGCAGACGGAAUGGGUGUUGGUAGUAUGGGGCGACUUGUAUGGUUUAAGGGAGCGAUCAGCAGUAGUCAGGGGCUCUCCUGUCAUCGGUUCACUAAUAAGACUAUCUCACAAGAUAAAGGUUGCUUCCAGGGAUCAAUCACAAUUGGUCUCCAAGUAGGGCUAAUCGAAAUCGAAACACAUACCAGUAUUGUGGUUCUAAGGAGCAGUGCAGAUGAGGGGACCCUGCAUUAACCUCUCCGAAACAGCUUGACUUCUCUAUGGAUACCUGAUUUUUUUGGGCAUCUCUCAUUUCUCAUGAUUAAAUAUGUAUUCUUACAUGCGAAUAUUGAAUUGUUAACCUGCAUCUUUCUGCAAGGGAGAAUUUUUUGUUGUGGCGAUGAGGUCCCUCUAUUGUAUCAGACAUGUUCUUGCAAUAGAAAUUUGAUGAACAGGACUUCAGUAGCCAGGUUGACUUUGCUUUCCGCUCCUGCUUUUGUCACAUUUUUCUGAGAAUCAAUGAGGGUAAACAUCAGCAAAUGUUUCAAACCAUAUUUCUUCUUUUCUUGGUUUGAAAAUUUAGCAACUGUUUUGUGUAUGGGGGCAGGGUCGUCGUUCAUGCUGUAUCUGUGAACAAGAUGACCAGACUGAACAAACAUCACAUAAAUGCACUUUGUAAAACCUAAGUGCCAAGGGGGCUAAUGAAAGUUUUUUUUUUUUAAAUUUUAUUGUAAAGCUUGGGUUUAACAUUACUGUUUCAUACAAAAAACAUAACUUGAGAGUUAUACCAAUAAUGGGAUAAAUCAUGGAAGGAAGUUGAAAAAAAAAUCUUGGAUGGAAAUGUGGUUCCUUUUCAUCAGUAGGUCAGAGACUUUCGAAAAAGAGGGAAAAAUUAUUCAUUCUGUGCACGAAUGUUGAAGUUGAAAAAAAAAAAAACAGAAAAAUAAACAGGUGUUGGUCGAGAUAAAAAAGGCAAAUGGUUUUCAUCUUUGUACAAUGAAAGUACUGUUAUCCACAUACCUGUGUAUUCACCAGAAUGUAUAUGAACCAUGAGUUACCUUGAGAUUGGUUCAUUCACAUGACUGCGUAUUAGCAGUUGUCAGAAGCUUACAGGAUCAUAGGCACUCUGUUAUUUGGACCAAGGACCAUAGACCAAAACAUGGGUAAUAUAAGCUUUCUAAAUUGAAAGUUAGGCUUGAUUAUUAAAUACACCGUUUGCUUAUGUGGUCUUGUUACUCCAAUGUAAUAA